AUGACUCCUGAGGAUCGACAGGCCCUCAGUGAGUUGGGAAGCCGAAUAGCAGCCAUGGAGCGGAGACUGAGGAAUGCGAAAGCCGCAAGGGACUCAUAUGUGAAUUUUUUGAGAGAGAAAUAUCCUGAAUGGCGACCAUCGAAGUCAUUUGCAGCUGCAAAGGGAGUGCACGCAUCGAAAGACAGUAUGGUUAAUCGGCUGCUCACUUCUGAUUACAACUGGGACGAAGAAAGAGAUCGAAGGCAAAAAUUCUUACCGACUUUCAAGCCGCGACCUCUUUACGAAGACAUUCCAACCAGGGGACCACUAUUAACCUCUGAUAUGGAAAGAAUUCGGCGACGUCUCACAGAGAUUUCUGGGCAAUUGCGUACGAUAAGAGAAAACCGGCUCAAUCUUACCACUGAGGACUACCUUAGGACAAAAGUAGAGAUUGCAGAUAGCGGUGCUGAUAGUGCAUCCAUUAUGGCCAUCCGCAGCCGUCUCAGUGACAUUGCUCUGACGACAUUUGCAGAGCCGGUGGCGACACCGACCUCCGAUCAAAUCGCUUUCAUGAAACUCGAUGAAGAACGGGACAACUACAUGGCCGUUACUGAGAGGAGACUUAAGACUGAAGCCAAGUGA